UUAGUUACCACCGUAGGACCUGCGGCGAAUGAUCCAUGAUUCCUUAACAAAUUGUCAGAGGUAGCUUGCAAAAUUACUUCUGCAAAUGAUGGACGAAGGAUCAGAACUCUCAGUGACAAUAGCCCAGGUCGUCCAACGUUUGAAAGGAACCCAUUUACAUUCACAGCUGGAGAAACAGGCCAAAGAGUGCUUGCACAGGCCAGAGAUUAAGCUUGAAUGUCUCAAAGAAGAUGUUCGUAAUUUCUUAAAGAAAUCAGGUUGGGAGAGGAAACUGCAGAAUGCGGUAUAUCGGGAGUUACAUGUACUACCCCCGCCCAACCAUUUGGCGGUGCCCCCCCAGCACAUGAAGGAGCCACUGGCAUACAUGCGCAAAGCUCAGGCCAGCUGGGAAAAUCGGAUCCUUAAAAGCUUGAACAGCAUGUGCACGGAACUCGGCGUCCCUUUGGCCCACAAGAGAUCUGCCCAGGAACAGAAGGAGCUUAUCAACAAAUGGAAUGAGAUGGGGACAGAUGAACCAGAUCUGAAGCAUUUCAGGCCCGUGUAUGCCCCUAAAGACUUCCUAGAGGUUCUGAUUGGCCUGCGGAACCCGAAUCACGACUGCAGCGACCGAGCCGGCUCCCGCUGCCACUGGGGACUGAUUCAGGUGCCGCUCAACGUCAGAGGCAUCCAGGAGAUGAGAGAAGCUUUCCCAGAACUGGGCUUGAUGGCUGGUCAGCUGGGGGUUGAUGAUCACACUCUUGUUCCCCCAGAUUUGUUUGAAACUGAACACGUUCGCAUUGGAAAAAGAGUGGUGAGUGAGCAGGACUGUGCAGCCGCACAGCAGUACAGUCGGCAGGGCUGUCCUACAGGACUGCGAGCUGAUCUUUGGGCCCUGAUCCUAAACUCAACCAAUGAACCGGAGGAUGUGAUGCAUUACGAACAGCUGAAAUCUGCAGUGAUUAUUCAUGACCUUCUGGUGGACAACUUAAUCUACAAGGAUGUGAAGCUCACAGCCAGCAAUGACGACUACUACUUUGUGUUUGAAGACUACUUGUAUCAGGUCCUGCUGUGCUUUUCACGGGACACUGCGGUGCUGGAGCACUUCAGCUACAACAGUGCCACCCCUCCCAAAUCUUAUAUCCGAGAAAAGCUGGGGAAAGAAGACUAUGCUGUAGUUUAUCCUCCAAAUGGUGUCAUACCUUUUCAUGGCUUUUCAAUGUAUGUGGCCCCUUUCUGCUUCCUGUACAAUGAGCCGUCCAGACUGUACAGGGUCUUCAGAGAGAUGUACAUGCGCUACUUCUUCAGGCUUCACUCCAUCUCCUCAUCACCCUCAGGGAUUGUGUCGCUCUGUCUGCAGUUUGAGAAGUUGCUGCAGACACACCUUCCUCAGCUCUUCUACCACCUGCGUGAAGUCGGAGCUCAGCCGUUGCGUAUUGCCUUUAAGUGGAUGGUGCGGGCCUUUUCUGGCUACCUCUCCACCGAUCAGCUCCUGCUGCUGUGGGACAGGAUUCUGGGAUACGACUCUCUGGAGAUAGUGGCAGUCCUGGCGGCGGCUGUUUUUGCUUUCCGGGCGGGGAACCUGAUGGAGGUGAUGUCACUGGCUGCAGCUGAGGCGGUCCUCGCUGACCUUUCAACCCUGAAGGUCAUGCCUCUGCUCCAGAUCUUCCUGUUCGCCACGGCCACCUGAGGGGCGCCGCGGAGCGGGAGGGGUGCCAAGCCGUUCCCACGGCAACGGAGCAGCCGUCCGUCACGACCUCCGACCUGUCUGGGAUAUAAAACACGCACAUUAUUACUUAUUUAUAUCUGUGUAUCCAUGUCCCUGCUCAAUCGAGGAGAGUACUUGAUCAUAUCCACCCAGCAUGGAAUGUAAAAUAUUCCCUUAUAUACCUCAUAGUGUAUACAGUAUAAAUAUACUUCAGUAUGUAGUAUUCCUACGUAUAAGCUUGAUACAUAACCCUCCCAGAGAGGAUUAUACUGUGUAAUAUAUACUACAUAAUUGCCAAUGCUUGUAGCUCCAAAGUGUGUAAUCGAAACAGAAUUUGCAUGGGACACUGUAUAAUGUUACGCUGUGGCUAUUGGCAGGACCUGUGUGCGGAAGAUUCUCAACGUUCAGCGUUAAUGAGGUGUGGCCAUUAGUCUGUUCUUACCACUAGCGGCCAUUUAGCCAAUGCCGAGUCGGCAGAAGAGCAUGUUUCAUUUAUUUUCUAGUGCCAGACUCUUCUUUGUUUAUCAAUCUAGGAAUGUACAGUAUGUUUAACUUGCAUCCAAUCACUGGGAAAUAACUGUCGUUUUCCUCGUUUUUAUUACCACUUUUGAAAGUGUUUUAUUAUUUUUAUUUUUAUUUUUGGUAAUUGAAUAAAUUAAUAAGAUAAUAAAGGACAAGAGGUGAUGUUUUGAGCUGAAUUACCCAGUAGUCCCUGGUGGUCCUUUCUCCGUGAUCCUGGGACUCACACACUAAGCUCAUUACAGAACAGAGGAACAGAGGAUUUGGAGUCUAAUUAGUUGUGUAAUUAAUUCAUUUAAAUGAGCCCAAGUGGGACUGAGGCCCCACUCAAGUCUGGCUGUCCAGCAGGGGCUGCGAGUUUGGUCGUCUCUUCAAUGGAACAUUGCUGAUCUGAGAACAGGGGGCGUGCCAAGUUGCCUUAUUACAGUCUGCAGCCCCCACCCUCGAGCACUGAUCCAGGGUCAGUUAUGAUCUGCUGGAUUUGCGAGGCCACUGCCCAGAAAAACGCUUCCCAGAGACUUCCAUGGUCAGCUGACUAAAACCUUUUCAGACCCUGUUUCGCUGAGAUCCGAUUCUUUCGAUAAAGAUUGUGUAGAUGAGAAGCUCAUUUUGUAAAUUUAGUUUAGCACAUCCUGUGUAGGUUUUCCACUAAACAGCGGAGAUACUUCGAUUUAGGACAUGUCAAGGAUUGGUGAUGUACUGUAUGUGCCACAUUUUCAGCACCGUACAGGAGCUCUGGGGCUCCAGUGCGUCUUUAUGGCCUGUGUUUCGAUUGCAUCAGUGAACUCUGACCUUUCUUUCCGUUCACAGACAGUGUCAGA